UCGCGGGAACCAGAUAAUGUUUUUCUUCACACGUGGGUUGCAUGCAGUUUCAGUGUCUGAAUUUUAAACCAUGGCAAACAGCGCUGGAAAUUUAGCUCUUUUAAGUGUAUCAGACAAAACUGGCUUGACAGAAUUCGCACAGAAGUUAUCUGCCCUUGGUCUGAAGCUUGUGGCAUCAGGAGGGACGGCCAAGUGUAUUAGGGAUGCUGGGAUACCCGUCAGUGAUGUGUCAGAAAUCACAGGUGCCCCUGAAAUGCUUGGAGGGAGGGUCAAGACUCUACACCCCACAGUUCAUGGAGGUAUUCUGGCCAGAUUAACUGAUUCUGACCAAAGUGACUUGAAAACACAGAACAUUGAGAUGAUCAGGCUGGUAGUGUGUAACCUGUACCCCUUUGUCAAGACAGUUGCUGAUCCACAUGUUCUGAUUGAGAAGGCAGUGGAGCAGAUUGAUAUUGGUGGGGUGACACUGCUGAGGGCUGCAGCCAAGAACCACAUGAGGGUGUCUGUGAUUUGUGACCCAGAGGACUAUAACAGGGUUCUGGAUGAGUUGUCUGAUUCACCAAGUAAAGAUACAACUCUGGAAACUAGGAAAAUGUUGGCAGUGAAGGCCUUUAACCACACGGCUGACUAUGAUGCUGCUAUAUCAGACUACUUCAGGCGUCAGUAUAGCUCUGGAACCUCCCAGCUAAGUCUGAGGUAUGGGAUGAAUCCUCAUCAAAAGCCGGCGCAGAUAUCAACCAACCUUGCUGAGCUCCCUCUCAAAGUUGUGAAUGGAUCCCCAGGGUUCAUCAAUCUUUUGGAUGCUUUAAACGGUUGGCAGCUUGUAAGAGAGCUAAAGGCAGCAUUAGGAAAACCAGCAGCCACAUCAUUUAAACAUGUCAGCCCAGCAGGUGCUGCUGUUGGUGGCCAAGGGAUGUCAGAGACUGACAAAAAAGUGUGUAUGGUGGAAGACAUGGAGGAUUUAUCUCCCUUAGCAGAAGCCUAUGCAAGGGCCCGGGGAGCUGAUAGGAUGUCCUCCUUUGGAGAUUUUAUCUCACUCUCCGACCCCUGUGAUGUACCCACUGCUAAAAUCAUCUCCAGAGAGGUGUCUGAUGGAAUCAUUGCACCAGGGUACCUCCCAGAGGCCUUAGAAAUUCUGAAGAAGAAAAAGGGAGGCAAAUACUGCAUUCUUCAGAUUGAUCCUGGGUAUGAACCCUUAGCUAUGGAAACCAGGACAGUUUUUGGAUUACAGUUACAACAAAAAAGAAAUGAUGCUGUCAUCAAUAGUGAAAUGAUGAAAAACAUUGUAACAGCUAGGAAACAGAUAAACAAAGAAGCUGAGGAAGACCUGAUUGUGGCUUCCAUAACUCUUAAAUACACUCAGUCCAAUUCUGUGUGUUAUGCCAAGGGAGGCCAGGUGAUUGGAAUAGGAGCAGGGCAGCAGUCUAGGAUACAUUGUACAAGACUGGCAGGAGACAAGGCCAAUAACUGGUGGUUGAGACAGCAUCCAAAGGUGAUGACGAUGCAGUUCAAACCUGGAGUGAAACGGGCUGAGAAAAAUAACGCUAUAGACCAGUACGUACUGGGACUUGUUGGAAAGGACAUGGAUAAGAAUGCCUGGGAGGCCAUGUUUGAGAUUAUUCCAGCUCCUCUCUCUGAGGAAGAGAGAACGGAGUGGAUUUCUAAGCUGAAAGGGGUAUCCCUGAGCUCCGAUGCCUUCUUCCCAUUUAGAGACAAUAUUGACAGAGCAGUCAUGAGUGGUGUGGAAUACAUUGUGGUUCCGGGCGGGUCCACUAAUGAUGCUGACGUGAUAGAGGCCUGUAAUCAGCACGGGGUGGUCAUGGUCCACACAGACGUCAGGCUGUUCCACCACUGAUGAUAAAAAUAACAAGAUCUGACAGAAAUCUCUCAUUAUCUAGCGAGGUGCUGCAAAUUGUUUCAAUUAAAUGAUCUCUGAAAUUUUAUUUUUGUGGAUUAUACCCUAUUCUCAGUGGGAAAGGGUUAAUUGUUGCAGUUUGGUUUGUAGAACUUAUAAAUCAUGUUUAUUGUUAAAAGCAUACAUGGUAUGGAU